AUGGGGCCGUGGCCAGUUCUGCUUCUGGCUGCCCUUGUCCCCGCCGCAGCCCUGGGCGCUGGACCCCACAGGCUUCAGUAUGAGCUCAUGGAGACCCAGGAUGCCUCGCUGUACUCGCAAUUUGUUGCCAAGGAAUACUUGGACGAUCAGCUCAUCCUGCGCUACAGCGGUGGGAACAACAGGCCCGAGACCCCAGGCCUGCUGGCACUAGUUAUCCUGGGAGCUGAGCCGGAGGACACAGUGACCAGUGGCUUCACAGAGGACAGGAGGGGCCUCCUGAUGAAGCUGGCAGAUAUCAGGGAAAAGCAGAGCCAGAGUGGAGGCUCCCGUUCCCUCCAGGAGGUUCGGGGCUGUGAGAUCCAGGAAGACAACACCACCAGGGCCUUCAGGCGCUUCUUCUAUAAUGGGGAGCCCUUCCUCUUCUAUAACGAGACGACCCAUGAAUGGGAAGCACCCCAGUCCUCGGUUCUUCCCUUGGCUGUGGAAGUCAAGAACUCCUGGGACACAGAUAGGAUUGGAAGCCAGAAUUCCUGGGCCCUUGUGCGUGGUGACGUUUGUGGAAAACUGCGGAGAUACCGGGAAUCCUGGAAGGCCUUCACUAAGAGCACAGCUGUGAAUGCCACCUGCAGCCAGGCCUCCGAGGGCGUGGUCAAUGUGACCUGCUGGGCAUCUGGCUUCUCUCCCUGGAAUAUCUCACUGGUCUGGCUUCAGGACGAUGAGCCUCUAAGCCCAGAUGCCCAGCUGUCUGGGGGUGUCCCGCGUGAUGAGAACAGAACCUAUUGGGCCUGGGUGGCCCUAAGGAUUCCCCAAGGAGAGGAGCAGAGGGUCACCUGCUCUGUGGAACAUUACUGGAAUUGCACUGUGACCUGUGGAAACGUGCAGGUACAUCAGAGUCCACGGCCAGCUGUGUCCCGGGGUAUCGCUGUCGCUGCCACUUUCACUGUCCUUGUCGCUGCUGUCCUUCUUUAUAACUUUUGGCUCAGGAAGACAUCAGCUGGGGAGCGUCCAGGACCCCACAGGCUUCAGUAUGAGCUCACGGAGACCCAGGAUGCCUCGCUGUACUCACAAUUUGUUGCCAAGGAAUACUUGGACGAUCAGCUCAUCCUGCGCUAUGACAGUGACAACGGCAGGCUGGAGACCGGAGCCCUGCUGGCACGAGUUGUCCUGGGGGCUGAGCUGGGGGACGCAGUGACCAGUGGCUUUGCAGAGGACAGGAGGGACCUCCUGACGAAGCUGGCAGAUAUCAGGGAAAAGCAGAGCCAGAGUGGAGGCUCCCGUUCCCUCCAGGAGGUUCAGGGCUGUGAGAUCCAGGAAGACACCACCAGGGCCUUCUGGAGGUUCUUCUAUAAUGGGGAGCCCUUCCUCUUCUAUAACGAGACGACCCAUGAAUGGGAAGCACCCCAGUCCUCAGUUCUUCCCUUGGCUGUGGAAGUCAAGAACUCCUGGGACACAGAUAGGAUUGGAAGCCAGAAUUCCUGGGCCCUUGUGCGUGGUGCUGUUUGUGGAAAACUGCGGAGAUACCAGGAAUCCUGGAAGGUCUUCAUUAAGAGAACAGCUGUGAAUGCCACCUGCAGCCAGGCCUCCGAGGGCGUGGUCAAUGUGACCUGCUGGGCAUCUGGCUUCUCUCCCUGGAAUAUCUCACUGAUCUGGCUUCAGGACGAUGAGCCUCUGAGCCAGGAUGCCCAGCUGCCUGGCGGUGUCCUGCGUGAUGAGAAUGGGACCUGUUGGGCCUGGGUGGCCCUAAGGAUUCCCCAAGGAGAGGAGCAGAGGGUUACCUGCUCUGUGGAACAUUACUGGAAUUAUACUGUGACCUGUGGAAACAUGCAGGUGCAUCAGCGUCCAUGGCCAGCUGUGUCCUGGGGUAUCAUUGCUGGUGUCUUUGCUGUCCUUGUUGCUGCUGUCCUUCUUUAUAACUUUUGGUUCAGGAAGACAUCACAUCAGCUGGGGAGAAUCCAGGGCCCGGUAGCCUGCAAGACCUGAGCCAAGGGUGACAACGGACCUUCAAGCCCCUGGGCCUCAGGGUUCUCAGCCUCUGUUGUGAGUGCCUGAGUCCAUGGACUCAACUGCGGCCUCGUAGCAUCUGCACUUUGGCCCUGGACUCAUGCCUGCGCUCCUCUCACCAGCACUUUCUCUUGAUGCCUCCUUUUUCUCAUCUGCAAUUAGAUAACAGCAUUCUCUGUAACUCUCUUUCCUCUGGUACCUCCUGAGGAUUCUCACACCAGCUUUCCUUUGUGCUCUGUUACUUUGUAUCUCUGCAGCUCAUGUAAUGUAUGUAUAUAUAGUAUAUAUAUGUGUAUAUAUUUAUAUACAUACCUAUAAUUCCUUUGUGCAGUAUUUUACA